AUGGGGCCCCACUAUGGCCAUUUCUGGAUUUCCGGCUCGUGUCUUUCAGCCACUUACAUGGUAUUGUGGACUCGUGGAGACAUCGUGGGAUUAUUUCCUAUUAAUACUAGCGAGUUACAUAGAGGCUUGAGAGUGAUCUUGACAGCUAUUGAUGUUACUCAAUACUGGAUUCAAGCAACUUCUCGCCGAUUAUGUCAGGUUCUGGAUGGCCGCCAGCAAGGCACCAAAGCGGGGUCCGACUUUUUGAGGAAUUCUAAGACAAAACUAUAUCCUAUUGCUCUUUUAUAUUGCUACACCCUAGUGGUGAUACAUUUAUUAGUUGCUGCAUAUAUAUGGAGAACCCGCUUUGAGGAGCAUGAGGCUGGCUGGGAAGACAGAUUAAGAAGAGGCUUGCUGAAAGAGGACCAAUCCAGCUCUUUGCAGUCAGCAUACAAGCAUACUAAUGUAAUCCUGUCACAGUCACUCCACACGGGCGGCCGACGGCAUCGCUGA